CAAAAUUUUACACUUCACUUCCCCUCCCCUCCAAUUUUUCGCUCCCUUGUCUCUUUCUCUCUCCCUCUCUCUCCUCAAAGUUCCAGCUUGGAGAGGUCCAUCAUCCAUGGAAUCUCUCUUUCUCAUAUCUAGGGCUUCAAGUUGCGUUUAAUUUUGCUCCCUAAGCAGGAGUUUUCUGUGCAAGUUCAUUGAGAUGAGGGGAGAGUAGCGGAAGAUUUCUCGCUCCCGUAAAUUCUUUUCGGAUUUUCGAGGUUUAGCGAGGAUUUUAUAGGGAUUUGAUAAAAAAAGAACUGAUUAUUUCGGGUUUGGAGUGAAAAUGCCGGCUCGAAGAUCAAAGUCGGAGAAAAGCAACGCCGGGAAGCAGCACAGGCGGGACCCCUACGAGGUUCUAGGUCUCUCAAGGAACUCUACGGAUCAGGAAAUCAAGAGCGCGUACAGGAAAAUGGCUCUCAAGUAUCAUCCUGAUAAGAAUGCAAAUGAUCCAGUAGCAGCUGACAUGUUUAAGGAGGUCACCUUCUCCUACAAUAUAUUGUCUGAUCCAGAAAAGCGACGCCAGUAUGACACAGCUGGUUUUGAGGCUGUUGAAUCAGAAGGCCAAGAGUUAGAGUUAGAUCUUUCAAGUUUGGGGGCCGUGAACACUAUGUUUGCAGCACUUUUCAGUAAACUUGGUGUACCAAUCAAGACCACUGUGUCUGCAACAGUCUUGGAGGAGGCACUCAAUGGUGUUGUUACAAUUUGUCCACUUCUGCUGGGCCAUCCUGUAUCUAGGAAGGUGGAAAAGCAAUGUGCUCACUUCUAUUCUGUCAAAAUUACAGAAGAGGAAGCGCGUUCUGGGUUUGUAUUCCGAGUUCAGUCAUCUGAUAAAAGCAAGUUCAAGUUACUGUAUUUUGAUCGCGAAGAGAACGGUGGAUUAAGCCUGGCACUACAGGAGGACAGCAUGAAAACUGGAAGGGUCACAUCUGCUGGAAUGUAUUUUCUUGGCUUCCCUGUUUAUCGGUUGGAUCAGACAGUAAACUCGGUGGCUUUAGCAAAGGAUCCAGAUGCUGCUUUUUUCAAAAAAUUGGAUGGCUUUCGACCAUGUGAAAUAACUGAGCUAAGGGCUGGAAUUCACGUAUUUGCUAUAUAUGUUUUUCACAUACUUUCAGGUGACAAUUUCUUCAAAAGCGUAAGCUAUACAGUAGAAGCUCUUUGUGCUGCUCCUUUUACCCAAGAAAAGGAGAACCUUAGGGCUGUGGAAACUCAGAUCUUGUCUAAAAGAGUUGAACUAUCCAAGUUUGAAAGUGAAUACAGAGAGGUCCUAGCACAAUUCACGGAGAUGACUAGUAGAUAUGCCAGAGAAAUGCAAGCAAUUGAUGAGCUUCUUAAGCAAAGAAAUGAAAUCCAUGCCUCUUACACAACUGGCCCGCCAAUUAAGCGGAGUUCAAGUAGGAACAGGAGCAGAAGCUCUUCCAAGGAGAUCAAAGAAGAUGGUGAAGUGAGAGAGAAGAAGCCAAGCUUGAGGGAUAGAGCGAAGAAGAAGAGAUGGUACAAUUUACACCUAAAAGUUGACAAGAGAAAACCUUGUUGAUUGUGGUAUGUGAAUUGGGUUAAUGAAUUUAAUCAUGUACCACCACCCUCAUUACCGCGGUGAUUAGGCAUCUGUGGGAGCUGAGUAUGAGGCCAAUUAGAGUGGAAUCAUGGAUAAUGUUGAGGUGAUAACGGGGAAGGAGUGGCUCCAUUUCUCCAGCAACUGAAAGCUGGCAACCUCUCUUUGCUAGUAAAAUUCUAAAUCUUUUUUUUUUUUUUUCCAUUAUUUUGCCUGUUGUCCCCGUGGUCCCUCCUUUUUUAAUAUGUUUCUUGGUUUUACCGGGCAAGAUAUGUAAAUUAUUGUUGAAGAUCUUUCUUCAAAUCUUCUUAUUGGUUAUUCACGGUGAAAGGGAAAAAAAAAACUCUUGGAACUAGUUUUAUCUUUUGCUUAUAAGGGAAUUGAAAAUCGGAAUGGAUGAGCUUUGUAUUAGUGAAUCAGUUUUAAAUCAA